AUGUUUGGAAUACCAGAGGAUAACCUUCUAUAUUACAGUGCCUACAACUUCUUUGCAAAACAAGGUGGAGCCUUCCCAAGCCUCAAAUCAAGAAGUGUCGGAAUUGGUUUGGCUUUUCACAGUCACCCUUGUCAAGUUGUACGUGUUUUCAGCAUUAAAGGUGCGGGUGGAAAUAUCAGGGAGUCCUUAUCUGCUGCUGCUGGUAUAAAGAAAAGAGGAGCUGGAGUUUCAAAGGAUAGUCUGGGUAUGAUGGAUGAUGGAAUGACAAAUGUGGAGGAUGGGUGGAUGAAGGAUGGAUGUUUUCAACCCUUCAGAGAUACAGAAAUUCACCACCCGAAGGAGAAAGAACAGGAUUAA